AUGUUCCGCUUACCUGUUGCACUUUCGCGCACCUCCAUCAGCCGCCAGCUGGCGAUGCGGGGCUAUGCAAAGGACGUGAAGUUUGGCGCCGAGGUGCGCGCCAUGAUGCUUCAGGGCGUAGAUGUGCUGGCCGAUGCAGUGGCCGUGACGAUGGGACCCAAGGGUCGCAAUGUGAUCAUCGAGCAGUCGUGGGGAUCGCCCAAGAUCACCAAGGACGGUGUGACUGUGGCUAAGUCGAUCGAACUGAAGGACAAAUUCCAGAACAUUGGUGCUAAGCUAGUCCAGGAUGUGGCUAACAACACAAACGAGGAGGCCGGCGACGGUACAACGACUGCCACAGUUCUUGCUCGAGCCAUUGCCAAAGAAGGCUUUGAGAAGAUCUCCAAGGGCGCCAAUCCCGUAGAGAUACGUCGCGGCGUAAUGCUGGCUGUAGAAACCGUCAAGGAUAACCUCAAGGCUAUGUCGCGCCCUGUGAAGACUCCCGAGGAGAUUGCCCAGGUGGCCACCAUCUCAGCCAAUGGCGACCAGGCCAUUGGCAAUUUAAUCAGCGAGGCCAUGAAGAGAGUCGGACGCGAUGGUGUCAUUACAGUCAAGGACGGCAAGACCCUCACAGAUGAGCUGGAGGUUAUUGAGGGCAUGAAGUUCGACCGUGGCUACAUCUCGCCCUACUUCAUCAACUCUUCGAAGGGAGCAAAGGUUGAGUUUCAGGAUGCUCUUCUGCUCCUUUCGGAGAAAAAGAUCUCCUCGGUGCAGAGCAUUAUUCCCGCACUGGAGCUGGCGAACACGCAGCGCAAGCCCCUGGUGAUCAUUGCCGAAGACAUCGAUGGUGAGGCCCUGAGCACUCUGGUGGUGAACCGCCUGAAGAUCGGUCUUCAGGUGGCCGCCGUCAAGGCCCCCGGUUUCGGCGACAACCGCAAGUCCACCCUAACAGACAUGGCCAUCGCUUCAGGUGGCAUUGUCUUUGGCGACGAUGCUGAUCUCGUCAAGCUGGAGGAUGUCAAGAUAAGCGAUCUUGGGCAGGUAGGCGAGGUGGUUAUCACCAAGGACGACACAUUGUUGCUGAAGGGCAAGGGAAAAAAGGACGACGUCCAACGUCGCGUUGACCAAAUCAAAGACCAAAUUGGCGAAACCACUUCCGAGUAUGAGAAGGAGAAGCUUCAGGAACGCCUGGCCCGUCUGGCCUCCGGCGUUGCUCUGCUUCGCGUUGGCGGCUCCAGCGAGGUUGAGGUGAACGAGAAAAAAGACCGAGUCCACGAUGCCCUGAAUGCCACUCGCGCAGCUGUCGAAGAAGGAAUCGUUCCCGGUGGUGGCACUGCCCUGCUCCGCUGCAUCGAGAAACUGGACAGUGUGGCCGUCCAGAAUGCCGAUCAGACCCUUGGAGUGGACAUCGUGCGCCGUGCCCUGCGCAUGCCCUGCAUGACUAUUGCUAAAAAUGCCGGAAUUGAUGGAGCCAUGGUCGUGGCGAAGGUAGAAACUCAGUCGGGCGAUUAUGGCUACGAUGCCCUGAAGGGCGAGUACGGCAACCUUAUUGAGAAGGGAAUUAUUGACCCCACGAAGGUGGUGCGCACGGCCAUUACGGAUGCCGCCGGUGUUGCCUCUUUACUGACCACAGCCGAGGCUGUUGUCACUGAGAUCCCCAAGGACGAUGCUGCCCCAGGAAUGCCUGGAAUGGGUGGAAUGGGUGGCAUGGGAGGAAUGGGCGGCAUGGGUGGCAUGAUGUAAGCGAAUCAGUCUAUCUUUGAAGUCAUGAUGCAGGACGUCAGCAGAGGAGAAGCGAGCUGCACGAUCGCCGUCGACUCUAAAACUCUACCACUCCAGCAGUCGCAGCGAGCCUCACCAUUAUCCUUUACGUUUGUGAAUCCAGCUAUUCUCAUUCACACACACAUUCUCUUCCCUGAUGGAAUUUAGUUUUGCUUUGCAUUUAUCCUUUGGCAAACAUAGGAGACACAUGAAAAGGCUGGAUGCUGGCUCGCCAAAAUUUCGUUCGCUUCGUCGUCGGCCGUCGCCUCCAUUGUGCUCAACGUUUUUUUAACUAUUCCUUAAAUUUAUUUUUUACAUGUUAUAUAUGUAAAGAUACCGUUAGUUGUAAAAUUUAAAAUAAAGCAGGAGUUACAUUGAGGA